AUGUCUGCUAGUAAACCCAAGAACUGGCCUGAAGGACUGAUCUUUGUCACCAGGAACGUUUACUCGAAGAAAUUGGCGGCUGACGAGCUGGCUGCAAUUGGUCAUGACGUGAAGAAACAGGCUACGGUUCGGGCUCAGAAUCCGUCGAACCUCGUCAAAAUCAAGAAAAUACUUGAUCCUAAACACCCAGCUUACGGGCAGAAUGGUCUGUUUGCAGCUCGCAAACUAGCUCCUGGGUCUCAUGUCAUCGACUACUUGGGAUAUGUCCACAAUUCUCAGGAUACAGAUCCAACUUCUGAUUACGACAUCCAGCUUGAUAAACAGUCUGGCAUCGCAAUUGACGCUCAGAAAUGGGGCACGGAAGCACGAAUGAUCAACGACUAUCGUGGGAUCCAGAGCAAACCCAACGUCAAAUUCGACGACCACUACGUCGAUGGCCAGUUGCGGGUAGCCGUGUUUGUGCUCAACCAACCCAUCUCAGCAGGCGACGAGCUCUGUAUAAAUUACGGGAAGGGAUUUUGGCAGGCGAGAGUCGGUUCUUGA